AGUGAGCCCGUGUGAUUAACCGUAACCCAAAAGUAAUAAAUGAGUGAAACGAAUCGCACAACAUCUCAACUAAAAGGAGGUUUCAAGUCCGACGCGACGCAAACAGCUAACAACUCCGUCCAAUCAUCCUUUCCUCUCAAUGCUACACCACCCACCGCCUCUUCUUCUUCUCCUCAGGUGUUGAAAUGAAUACUAUGAUGAAUAAUAGAACGGUUCACAAUGAUGAGAAGCCUUUUCCUGGUUGCUUGGGAAGAAUGGUUAACCUUUUUGAUUUGACUACUGCUACUGGAAAUGGAAACAAGCUUCUCACCGACAAGCCACACCGUGAUCAUGCAGCAUCUCUUUCAAGAAGUCAAUCAGAUGUUUCGAGGAUUGCAAGUCCUUCGUUUGCUGAUCAGAUAGAAGAUAGGCCGAUUGUUUCUAACUUAAUGAGAGCAUCUUCAAAUAAAAAAAUAAAUGGAACACCCAUCAAGAUGCUCAUGGACCAAGAAAUGUCCAAAGAAGUUGUUUCCAAGCAUACUCCACCAAAUGUUGUCGCAAAGUUAAUGGGCCUCGAAGCCCUUCCACAGGGAAAACGUAAUUUACCUGUGGAGAGAAGCCCUGGAGGAGAUUGUUCUCAGCACAUGUGUGGUCAUUCUGGCACAUCAUUCAAUCAUCGGCAGUUGGAUGAUAGGUUUAUGGACAAGGAAAUGCUUCAUGAUAUUCAUCCGAGCAGAGAACAGGUUGCUUACAAAGAUAUUUAUGAAAUAUGGCUGCAAUCACAGAGAACAAGUAAUGUUAACGACAAGACACCAGAGAGAGGGAAGUGGGCUGAAGAUGUUAAUGAGAAGAAAAUGGCUUUUAUUCGUCAAAAAUUCAUGGAAGCAAAGCGACUGUCUACAGAUGAGAGAUUACGCCAAUCAAAGGAGUUUGAUGAAGCCUUGGAAGUUUUAAGCUCAAAUAACGAUCUGUUAAUCAGGCUAUUGGAUUCUCAAAAUCUAUAUGAACGGCAGUCUACUCCACUGGCUGAGACAAAGCGCAUUACUGUUCUUAAACCUUCAAAGUUGGUUGACAAUGAAAAGUUCAGUAGAAAGGGAAACAAUAACGACAAACAUAUUAAGAAACCAUUAAAUAAUGAUGCUGCAUGGGAGAGAACUAGUCCUGGAUACUCUCCUGCCAGUCAGAAAGUUGAUGAAUUUCCUGUCCAACCUACUCGAAUUGUGGUAUUGAAGCCUAGUUCUGUGAGAGCACAUGAUGUUAAGGCCUUGGUUUCUCCAAUGUCAUUAUCACCUCAAAAUCUGCAAAGUGGAAACUUCUAUCACGGCCCUGAAGAUGAUGAUGAUCUACUUGAAUCAAGAAAAGUGGCAGAAGACAUUACACAGCAAAUGCAUGAAGACCUCAGGAGCUAUCAGAGGGAUGAAACCGUGUAUUCUCCAGUAUUUUCCACUGGAUAUAUUGGUGAUGACAGUUCAUUCUACAAAUCAGAUCAUGAGUGUACUGCAGGGAAUUUUAGUGAUUUAGAAGUCAUGUCGCCAUCUCCCAGGCAUUCUUGGGAUUUCGUCAAUCGCUGUGGAAGUCCUUAUUCUUCAUCAUCCUUCAGUCGUGCUUCGGGCUCUCCUGAAUCAUCAGUAGGCAGAGAGGCUAAGAAACGACUCUCUGAAAGAUGGGCCAUGAUGGCAUCUAAGAAGGAUCUUCAAGAGCAAAGACAUAUGCGGAGAAGCUCUACCUUGGGUGAGAUGCUUGCUCUUUCAGAUAUAAAGAAAUCUCUAAUAUCUGAGGUUGAAGGUAUUAAUGAAGAACCAGAACCGAGGGAAUCUGUUUCUUGCAGUAAAAAUUCGAAUGAUGAAGAAAUAUCCGUGGAUGGGUCUACUAAAAGCCUCCCCAGGUCAAAGUCUGUCCCUGUAUCUUCCAAUGUCUAUGAAAAUGGGCUCUACAUUGAAGCUUGUAAUAACGAUGCUGGUAAAGCACACGGCUCCAAGGAGCUGACGAAGUCAAAGAGUAUGAAGUCAACAUUUAAAGGGAAAGUUGCGAGUUUCUUAUUCUCAAGGAAUAAGAAAUCAAUCAGGGAGAAAUCUUGUCUUUCUCAUUCUACAGAUGAAUCUCAGUCAACUAUUGCAGAAACAUCAGUAUCUACAAUAAACUCACCUGAAGUCUUUAGGAAUGAUGUGUCUCAAAGCUUCAACGGUGGGUCCUUUGAAGAGUGUUCCCUUCCAGCUCUAUGUGAAUCAUCGAGCAAAACUUUAUCCUAUCCUGUCUCUAGCAGACGAGGCGUAAUAUCUAUGGAGCCUGAAUUUACCACGUCAAAGCCCACAGUGACAGGGAUUUCAACUGAAAACCAGGACCAACCAAGUCCAAUCUCAGUUUUAGAGCCUCCCUUUGAAGAUGAAAAUGCAGCUCACGAGUCCUUGGACUGUAUGAAGGGUGGUCUGCUUGGAUCACGGGUGUCUCUGAAGUCUAAUUUAAUUGACAAAUCACCUCCUAUAGAAUCAAUAGCUCGAACCCUCUCAUGGGAUGGUUCUUGUGCGGAGGUGGCAAGUUCGUACCCAUUAAAGCCUACAUCGGUUUCCUUAGACACCAAAGUAGAGGAUCAAGACUUGCUCGUCUUUGUUCAGAAAUUACUAUCAGCUGCUGGACUUGAUGAUCAAGUGCAGUCUGACUCGUUUUACUCUAGAUGGCAUUCCCUUGAAAGUCCAUUGGAGCCAUCAUUGAGGGACAAAUAUGCCAAUCUCUACGACAAGGAGGCUCAGCCUCUUCAUGAAGCAAAGCGAAGGCAGAGGAGAUCUAAUCAGAAGCUUGUAUUUGAUUGUGUCAAUGUUGCACUAAUAGAAAUUACUGGCUAUGGAUCAGAAAGUUCCUUAUUUGGUAGGUUGUGGAGUGGGGACCAUAGAAGGCUCCAAUUAUCAGAGGGUGCACCUCCCCUUUUGGUAGACCUUAUUGUAGCCCAUAUGAAGGAGUUGACAUCUAGUGGCAUAAGGUCUGUUUGGGGGGAUUGUGGGGACAGUAACAGCCUGGUAGUGGAAACUGUAGUGAGAAAAGAGGUCGUGGGUAAAGGGUGGGUUGAGCUAAUGGGAUUAGAGAUGGAUAUUUUGGUAAAGGAAGUAGAAGGGAAGUUGCUUGAAGAACUUGUGGAGGAUGCAGUGGUUGAUUUGACAGACAGGGUGGUGUGAAUGGUUGAAUUGAAAAUCCCUGAUGUGGCUUUCUGCUUUGUAUUUUUGAAUAUUGUAACUCUAUUAUUGUUGUAUUCGAUUAUCAACACAUGGUCCUACCUAAUUUAUUAAAUGCUACUAGAAAAAUGUUGCAAUCUUUA